UUUAAUGUUAUGUCCUUCUAAUAUGUAUACUAUUAAAUACAAGACAUACUAACUGAAUAAAGACAUAUACACAUAUAUAUAUAUAUCUGCUUUAAUUACGUAUACAUUUACUCUUCAUAACAAAAAAAACUCCUUACCAUUCGUCUGCAAGUCACAAACUCUUUGUUUAAAUACAAGUGAACUUUUUCUUUUUCUUUCUUUUUUUCUUUUUUUAAUACCAUCUUAUAUAUAAAGAAAGGAAUCUACGUCCACAAUCAUAACAAGACAGAGUGUGUUCUGUAAGUGAUUACGCGUAUUCUCUUAUCUAAUCUUGAGAUUUAGUAAACGACUCGUUGUAACAUAUUGACACACUUUAUACAAUGGUUCAAGUCUUACCAAUCAACUACAAUAACGAACACUAUAAACAAGCCAACUUUAUCAAUGGAAACGAAUACACGCCUCCACCUCCACCUCCCUUGCAGCAUCAACAACAGUUGCCUAUACCCAUGCCUGUUCCAAUGAUCAACCAUCUUAUGCCUCCUCACCAUCCUCCUCACCAUCCUCCUCACCAACCUCCCAACUUUUUUCAUCCUCCACCUAUGCCCCACCCACCUCCUCCUCCUCCUCAAGCAAUCUACCCAGCUGAUCAAACGAACGGGCAAUAUAUGGAUUAUGUAGCAACUAACUAUCACCCUACGAUGGCAUUUAUGCAACAAGGCUAUUAUUCAGACAUCACAGUCUAUGUACCCACUCUGCAAAAGCAGUAUCAGUUACAUACCUCUAUUCUCUCUCGAUCACCUGUACUCCAUCAGCGUAUCAUGGAAGAACAAUCCAACACCAUGGAACUGGAUCUGUACGUACUUCCCGAGACAUUCCAAGUGAUGAUUAACCAUUUGGCUCGUCCCAUGUCUCCUCAAGAAAUCAUGUUUUAUGCUACUGAAAAGCCUCAGAUUGCUAUUGAACUAUUGGAGGCUUCUGAAGAAUUAGGCCUAGAUCGCUUAUUGGAUGCCUUGCUUGUUGCAUUGAAUCAAAAUUUAACGCAUCCCAAGGUAGCCAUGACUUAUAUUGAAGCCAUGGAGCCCUAUCAACCCAUGGAAGAAGAAGAGCCUCGUCGUUGGGUUGAAUUGUUGGAAGAAGAUGUGGUUUCCUUCAUGGUCAAGGGACUCUCUACUCAACUUGAAGCAUUUUCAACAUCUGUCAAAGUAAGUGGCAAUGUGGUGAUUGGACAAGUCAAUGCUUGUGGAUAUAUGCCUUCACGCACUCCUCCUAUGCGCGGAUUGAUGGAUUUGGCUCGCGCCUAUGCUGCUUUACCUCAACAUUUAAUGAUUCGGUGCUUGGAACAUCCUCAAUUACCUGUUCAAGACGCGAUUCAACGCGCUUAUUUUGCACGCAAAGUACUUUCUAUUGUUCAUUCUAACAACUCUUUUCAUCAACGUGCACAAACUGAAUUUAUGGUUGUCAUUCGAUUUGAACAUGGUGUAGAUACAAUUGCUGUUGUAAGACAAACUGGUUUAAAAAAAGGCUGUUGGGAUCCAAAAUUGUAUGAUUUGUAAUUUUUAUUUUUUGAGCCUAAUAGACUUUUUACACUUCAAAUUCAGACGAUGCUAGUUUUUUUCUGGACGAAUCAAAAUUAAUUUCCAGAUGCUCUUCUUGCCUAUUUUGGACGAAAUAAAAAUGGAAAUUAGACAGAAAAAGAAUUAGCUUUUUGGAUGAAUGAGAGUUUACAAUUAGACAUUUAACUGUAAAGGGAAAUCAAUUGUUAGAGAAGCAAUAUCAAAAUGACUGGUUAUUGUGGUGUUUUGGGACUUUCUAAAUAAAAAAAUUGAAUAUAGAAAUUAUAAAAAAAUAAAGAGACGUGUAGAAAGUACUUUGAGACCGUUUAUAAAUGUUUAUAAAGGUAAAAGUUCGAGAGAGAUUUUUUAUAUUCUAGGUUUAUAUGUGAUUUGGAUUAUGUCCUUAGAUGUAACCUGAGAUAGGACUUGAUGAGCUGAAGGUUAUAUUAGAUGGAACAAGAGUAUUGGCUUUCUCA